AUGGACUUCGCCUCGUUAAUGUCCAAAGAAAUCGCCAAAUCCAAACCGCCACGCGCCCAGUCCUCCGAACCCCAAGCCGACAAGCAAUAUGUCCGUCGAUCCGAACUGGAAGCGGCCCGUCUCGCAGCCUACAACGCCGAACAGGAAAGGAUCCAGAAAGAGCGCGAAGAACGCGCUGAGAAAAAGAGGAAGAUAGAGGAAGACGAGGCGGAACGGAAUCGCGUUCGGGAGGAGAAGCGGCGCCGUCUUGCCGAGGAAUCGCGACGGAGGAGGGAGGCGGAGGAGGAAGCGAAAGAGGCGGAGAGGAGGAAGAGGCUUGGACUAAGUGCGACGCCUGCGGCGGAGAAGACUGAGAGCGAGAAGGAGAGCACGCCGUUGGAGGGCGAGGAGGGUUUGAGUCAGGAGGAGCUCGUUGAGAAGCUGAGAAACAUGGGUGAACCGAGCCGGUUGUUUGGCGAAAGCGACAAGGGCCGUUUAAAAAGAUACAGGCGCCUGGUGCAGAGGUCGAUAACGCCGCGGAAACAGCUGUCUGAUGGACCAAUACCUACGACCCUGGAGCUUCUCCCGGAGGCGGAAAUGAAGGUUCCGGAAAAGGUUCCGGCGAAUGAAGAAGGGAAGAAAUAUCUCUUUAGGCAGCUCGCGUCUUACUUUACGAUGGUUCUGAAAGAGUGGGAGAUUGCAUUGGCGAAGAGAGAUGCGAGUGUCAAGAAUACGUUUCAGGGUCGGCAAGCUUACAAUGCCAUGGUGCAGUCGAGGGAAUACAUGAAGCCACUGUUCAAGAAGUUUGAGAACGCCGAUGUGGAAGACAGCAUCCUGGGACCGAUCGUUGAGAUCGUGAGGAAUGCGCAGCAUCGUCGUUAUGUAGAUGCAAACGACGGGUAUUUGAGGCUGAGUAUCGGCAAAGCCGCUUGGCCGAUCGGUGUUACUAUGGUUGGCAUCCACGAGCGUUCUGCUCGAGAAAAGCUCCAUGAGGGCGGCCAGGACAAGGCACAUAUCAUGAGUGACGAGAGUACUAGGAAAUUCCUGCAAAGUAUCAAACGAUGCCUUACGUUCGCACAGGUCCGCUGGCCACCGGAUGAUCAAUUGCAGCUUAUGGGAUAA